AUGGCGUCGCGGCUGCCUCGGGGCAGCGUCGCCCUCUUCGCGCCGGCGCCGCUGGCCUACAUGUCGCACGACGUGCCCUACCCCUUUCAGCAGGCGCCCGACCUGCACUACCUCUGCGGCUUUGCAGAGCCAUCCUGCCUGCUCGCCUGCGUGAAGCGCGGCGGCGGAGACGGCGGCAGGUCCUCCGGCAGCGGCGUGGAUGCGCCGGACGAUGCGGAGUGGCUCCUCUUCGCGCUGUGGGACGGACCCCGCGCCGGCAUCGACGGCGCCAGGCGGCACAUCCUACCCGACGGCGAGGUGCUCAAGAUCGGCGCCGCCCCCACCGCCCUCCUCCGCAUCCUCGACGCGAUGGAUGCCAGUCGCGGAGAUACGGCCAUACGCCCCGGCCUCCUCUUCGACGUCGACCGAAACCCGCAACUCACCGCAGCGCUGCGGCCGGUGCUGGAGUGGUGCAAGGAGCGGCAGCUGCGCGUGACGCGCGCCGCGGCGCACGUGCAGCCCCUCCGCCUCCUCAAGUCGGACGCUGAGGCCGCCCUGAUGGCGCGCGCGGCAGACGCGACGGCGGAGGCGCUGCGCGGCUGCGGGCGGCUCGCCUACCCGUGCGUUGUCGCCUCGGGGGUGCGCGCGUGCACGCUGCACUACAUGCACAACAAUGCGCUGCUGUCGCCAGGCUCCUUCGGCGGGUACUCCGCCGACAUCACCCGCACGUGGCCCUUGUCGGGCACUUUCACGCCCGAGCAGAGAGACGUCUACUCGGCCGUGCUGAGCGUGAACGAGGCUUGCAUCGCCGCAGCAAAGGGGGACGGAGGCACGUCGAUCGCGUCGCUGCACCACCUCUCCCUCCGGCUCACGCACGAGGCUGGCGGCCACUACUUGGGCCUCGACGUGCACGACACGCCGCUCGCGUCGCAGUCGCAGCCACUGCUGCCUGGCAUGGCGCCGCACCCACUCGAGCGGUUCGGCGGCCUCGCGCUGACUGUGGAGCCGGGGCUGUACUUCCCACCCGACGACCCGCAGCUGCCGGCGUGGUGCCGCGGCAUCGGCGUGCGCAUCGAGGACGACAUCGUCAUCGGCAGCGACGGCGCCGCGCGUGUACUGACGACGCGCGCGCCGAAGGCGGUGGCGGAGGUGGAGGAGGCGGUGAGGAGAGGGCUCUAG